AACUUGUACACAACCAUAUUAAUUUUGUUUUGUGGCAGCAUAGUAAUCAAUUUCAUAAAUAUCGCGAGAUCGCAAGUGGCACGUAAUUUUUCGACGUGGAAGAAUCUAAUGUUCUCGCCUUCUCAUGGUGAAGUCUUAUAAAGUGUAGCAAAAUCGUUCGCAGAUCACUCACAUUCAUAUCCAUCUUUCAUCUCUCCUUGGCACACUGAGAAAAGAAAUGGCAUCUCAUGCAGUUUCUAACGGACAAAAACCACACGUAGUUUGCGUGCCUUUCCCUGCUCAAGGCCACAUCAACCCGAUGAUGAAAGCGGCUAAACUCCUCCACGCCAAAGGCUUCCACGUCACCUUCGUAAACAACGUUUACAACCACAACCGUCUCCUCCGGUCACGUGGUGCCAACGCGCUCGACGGUGUUCCUUCGUUCCGGUUCGAGUCUAUCCCUGACGGUCUAGCGGAGACCGAUGGGGAUAGGAUGCAGGAUGUCCCUUCUCUUUGCGAGUCCACCAUGACGAACUGUCUGGCUCCGUUCAAGGAACUUCUUCAGCGGAUCAACGCUCGAGAUGAUGUUCCUCCGGUGACAUGUAUUGUGUCAGACGGUUUGAUGACUUUCACUCUUGACGCUGCGGAGGAGCUCGGUGUCCCGAAUGUUCUUUUCUGGACCACAAGUGCUUGUGGCUUCUUGGCUUAUCUAUACUUCGACCGUUUGGUCGAAAAGGGGCUAUGCCCAAUAAAAGAUGAGAAUUGCUUAGACACAGAAAUAGAUUGGAUUCCAACGAUGAAAAACCUAAGACUAAAGGACAUCCCAAGCUUCAUCCGUGCGACUAAUCGCGACGACAUAAUGCUCAAUUGUUUUCUCCAUGAGGUUGACCGAGUCAAACGUGCUUCUGCUAUCAUUCUCAACACAUUCGAUGAUCUCGAGCAUGACACCAUACAAGCUAUUCAAUCCAUUACACCUCCUGUGUACUUUAUUGGACCGCUCCAUCUACUAGUGAACCGGGAUAUCGAUAAAGAUACCGAGAUCGGACACAUGGGGUCGAAUCUUUGGAGAGAAGAUACAAAGUGUGUGGACUGGCUCGACAAUAAGCCUAGAAAUAGCGUUGUUUACGUAAACUUCGGUAGCAUAACCGUGAUGAGCGCGAAACACCUCGUGGAGUUUGCUUGGGGCUUAGCAGCGACAGGGAAAGAUUUCUUGUGGGUGAUCAGACCGGACCUAGUUGAUGGUGAACUGGCUGUUGUUCCAACAGAGUUUUUGACGGAGACAGCGGAGAGGAGGAUGAUAGCGACUUGGUGUCCUCAGGAGAAAGUUCUGUCUCAUCCGGCGAUAGGAGGGUUUUUAACGCAUAGUGGGUGGAACUCGACUUUGGAGAGUCUUUGCGGUGGAGUUCCGAUGGUGUGUUGGCCGUUCUUUGCUGAGCAACAAACGAACUGUAAGUUCUGUCGUGACGAGUGGGAGGUGGGGAUGGAGAUCGGUGGAGAUGUGAAGAGGGAGGAGGUUGACGCGGUGGUUAGAGAGCUGAUGGAUGGAGAGAAAGGAAAGAAAAUGAGGGAGAAGGCGGAGAAGUGGCGGCUCUUGGCAGAGGAAGCGACUGAGCCUAAGCGUGGUUCGUCGGAGUUAAAUUUCCAGAUGGUUGUUGACAAGGUUCUCUUAGGGCGUGGCUAGAGCGAGCCACCGAGCUAGCCUUUCAUCUAAAUCGAAGGAAGAUUUGGUUUAAUUUCUUCUACAGUUGCUUGUCAACUAAGCUUGACAGUUAUGUAAUACUUAAGUAAAACAUGCAUAUUAAAUUAUUUUUUUAU